AUGACGGCCAGUAACACGGCUCCAGGCAACCACACCACGGUGACCCACUUCAUCCUCCUAGGGCUGACGUGUGAGCCGAAGCUGCAGACUCCUCUCUUCAUCAUCUUCUCCAUGAUUUACCUCCUCACCCUGAUCAGCAACCUUGGGCUCAUCGCCUUGAUCAGGACAAACCCCCGGCUGCACACCCCCAUGUACUUCUUCCUCUGCCAUCUCUCUGUUAUCGAUCUUUGUUACUCCUCCAUCUUUUCUCCAAAGCUACUUAUUGGCUUUUUGGUGGAAAAGAAAACCAUUUCUUACUCUGCCUGCUUCGCCCAGCAUUUCUUUUUCCUCACGUUUGUGACCGCAGAGGUGUUCUUGCUGGCUGCGAUGGCAUACGACCGCUACGUAGCCAUUUGCAACCCGCUGCUCUACACCCUUUCUAUGCCCAAGAGGGUCUGCGUCCGGCUGGUGGCCGUGUCAUACGUAGGGGGGAUUUUGAACUCCCUAACCCAAACAUGUUGCCUGCUGCCCUUGUCUUUUUGCGGCCCCAACGUCAUCAACCACUUCUUCUGCGACACCAACCCUCUGCUGAAACUCACCUGCUCCGAUAACCACCUCAAUGAGCUUCUGCUUGUGACCUUCAACGCGACCAUUUCCAUCUUUGUGCUCUUCGUCCUCAUCCUCUCCUACGUCUACAUCCUCUUCUCCAUCCUGAGGAUCAGGUCUGCCAAAGGCAGGCACAAAGCCUUCUCCACCUGCGCCUCCCACCUCCUGAGCGUUGCCUUGCUCUACGUGCCCGCGGGGCUGAGCCACAUGCAGCCGGCCUCCAAGUACUCGCUGGAGACCGAGAAAGUCACCGCCGUGUUUUAUACCCUGAUCGUCCCGAUGCUCAACCCCCUGAUCUACAGCCUGAGGAACAAGGAGGUCCAGGAUGCGCUCCGAAAAGCUGUAGAUGAGGGGGUUGAGGGUGGGGGUCAGGACGGUGUAACACACUGA